AGUGAAGGGCUCCCUUGUUGGGCCGAUUGUGCGGACAAUUGAAAAAAGCGGCAGCACAUACAUUCACAAUCUGCUGCUCUUUUGUCCCGGUUGAAGUUCCACUGCGCAAAGAAGCAGCCAUGGAAGGAAUCAAAGGGAAUCAAAUCAUCACCGGCGGCAACCGCCAUGUGGUGGCGAUGCCUUAUCCUGGUAGAGGUCAUGUAAAUCCGAUGAUCAAUCUUUGCAAGCUCCUGUCAUUUAAGGAUCCUAAUAUUGUCAUUUCGUUUGUGGUCACCGAAGAGUGGCGGAGCCUCCUGAGCUCUUAUUUCCUGCCAAAUAACAUCCGAUUUGAAACGAUCCCAAAUGUAAUACCUUCGGAGCAUGGCCGUGCUAAGGAUUUUCCAGCUUUUUUAGAAGCAGUAAACACAAAGAUGACAGCUCCUUUUGAGCAACUUCUUGAUCGGCUUGAGUUGCCUGUGAAUGCUAUCGUAGCUGAUACUUACUUGGGUUGGGUGCUCGGAGUUGGGAAUAAAAGGAAUAUUCCGGUAGCUUCUCUUUGGACUAUGUCAGCUACUGUGUUUUCUAUCUUCCACCAUUUCGAUCUACUCGUCCAAAAUGGUCAUUUUCCGAUCAUAUUUUCCGAACGAAAAGAAGAGCGUGUUGACUACAUCCCUGGAGUCCCUCCGACACGUCUGUUAGAUUUUCCUACAAUCUUUAAUGGAGCUGCAGGACAAACUUUUCCUCUAGCACAGAAGUCCACUUCAAUUGUGUCCAAAGCACAAUACCUUUUAUUCACUUCUGCUUACGAGCUCGAACCAUUAGCAAUCAACGCUUUAAAAUUGACGUUUCCCUUUCCUGUCUACCCUUUAGGCCCAAUGGUACCAUAUUUUGAACUGAAACACAAUUCUGAUUUAGCUACUACUGAUCAAGAACUCCCACACUACAUAGAAUGGCUGAAUUCUCAACCUAGAAAUUCUGUGUUGUAUGUCUCUAUGGGAAGCUUCCUUUCAGUUUCAGGCACCCAAUUGGAUGAAAUUGUAGCUGGAGUGAGAGAUAGUGGUGUUAGGUUCUUGUGGAUAUCUCGUGGAGAUACAAGUCUGUUUAAAGAUGGCUGUGGUGAUAUGGGUUUGGUGGUUCCUUGGUGUGAUCAAUUGAGAGUUCUGUGUCAUCCUUCUAUUGGUGGUUUCUGGUCACAUUGUGGUUGGAAUUCUAGUUUAGAAACUGCUUUUGCAGGAGUUCCAGUGCUAGCUUCUCCUAUAUUCUGGGAUCAAACUUCCAAUAGUAAGAAAAUUGUAGAAGACUGGAAGAUUGGGUGGAGAGUGAAACAAGGGGCUGAUGGGGAUAGCUUGGUGAGAAGAGAAGAAAUUGCAAAACUAGUGAAGCGUUUUAUGGAUGGAGAAAACAGUGAAGCAAUUGAAGUGAGAAAACAAUCAAAAGAAAUUCAAGAAGCUUGUCUUAAAGCAAUUUCUCAACAUGGAUCAUCUGAUACUAAUCUUGAGUCUUUCUUAAAGGACAUUUCACAAUGAGGCCAAAGAGAAAUUUUAGAAUACAGUUGGUAUGUAUUAUGAUGAUUUAUCCCGUUGAGGUUUUUGUGGGUCCUCAAUAAUUGCAUUGAAUAAAUUCUCCCAGGCCAAUUGAUUUGUCAA